UGGCAACACUUAUAUUCGCUUGUUUGAGCUUGAACGAAAUUGUAAAGUGCUUAUCACGAAUUUUAAGUUUUUCCUGGGUUUUUCUAUGUUAGAAUAAAUGAAAUUAUUCUGCGUAACUACAUGACUAAGUACCGAGAGUAAUUGUAGUAAUUUUAGUGUUAAUAUAACAGUGUAACAGUAAGUGUUAUUUACGGUGUAUCGCACUUUCAUUUUCGCAUAGUUACAAAAUAUUGCAAAAUGACUUCUGCACUUUAUUUAGAGCAUUAUUUGGAUAGUCUUCAGCAUCUUCCUAUAGAAUUACAGAGAAAUUUUAAAUUAAUGCGUGAUCUAGACGACCGUGCCCACGGACUAAUGAGGACAAUCGACCUUAUGGCUGACGAGUUGUUACCAAAUAUUCCGAAAAUGGACGAGGAGACCAAGAAAGAAAAGGUAAAUACAAUACAAGGCCUUUUCAAUAAAGCUAAGGAGUACGGAGACGAUAAAGUGCAACUCGCGAUACAGACAUAUGAGUUGGUUGACAAGCACAUACGUCGCCUUGACUCUGACCUCGCGCGGUUCGAAUCUGAGAUACAGGAGAAAGUAAUGAGCGCACGUGCGGCGCAGCAGGCUGCCGCCGACCAGGAACCCAACGCUGCGACCGUCAAGAAGGGCAGGAAGAAGAACAAGAUGAACGACAAGACCACAGCUACAACAGGUAAAAAGAAGCGCGCUGGAGCGUCCAGCGAGGACGACGCCGUCGCGUCUGGCAGGUCGGCCGCCAAGAAAAAGGCGGUUCGCAAGGGUGCAACUGCCACUGCCAAUGCAUCUAAAGAACAAGAAGAAAAUGCAGAUUUGGAUUCAGUUGGUGGCAUGGCACAUCCAAGUGACGUUCUGGACAUGCCUGUCGAUCCUAACGAGCCGACCUAUUGCCUGUGUCAUCAAGUGUCAUACGGAGAGAUGAUAGGUUGUGAUAACCCUGACUGUCCUAUUGAGUGGUUCCACUUUGCCUGUGUUGACCUUAAAAUCAAGCCUAAAGGUAAAUGGUACUGCCCUAAGUGUACACAGGACAGAAAGAAGAAAUGAUCUACGGCCAAACCUCCAGCCAAGCAAACAGAUAAGACUGUGACUAUUAAGAAAGAAGUGAAGUGACUAGCUUUAGUUGUAAGCUACAUUAAUAUAUUCUAGUAUUUGUAGGUAAGACGUUAAAUGUGAUGAUAUUAUAAUGUUUAUGUAACUAAACUAAGACAUAUGGAGACAAUUAUACAAUACUUGAAAUGCAUGUGCAAUAAUUGUGAAACUUAAGUUAUUGUAUUAAGCAUCUAUUGUUAUGUCAUCCGGACAUGAUAAGAGAAAACAUAACAUUAUGGUAAUGUUGAGUUUAUUUAUCAAAUUUAUAUAUUAUGUCUAUUGAGAGAUACUUUAUAUAUUAGCUGCCUUAACUGUACAAGGUGUAUGGCGCUCACAAUAAAGGGCAAGCUUCUCUUACAAAUGUUGGAUGUGUCAUUUCAAUUAUGAGAAAACAAACUAAAUAAAAAUGUACAAUUGCACAAAAUAAUAGUGUUCAAUUAAUAUUGUUAUGAAAUAGCUGCCCUUACUUAUAAUAAUAUUACUACAUAAAUUAUAAAUAAAUGAAAUUAAUAUAUAAAAUGCUAGAAACAAUAAUAGCAGCUUGUAUUGUUAAGGGUAUUCUUAUGAUGUUAUCAUAUGCCUUAUUUAGCAUUUAUUCAUAAAUGGCAUAAUGACGCAGUCAUAGUCUUAGGAAGUUUUUGAUAAAGUUAGAACUAGUUUAAAGUUAUCAAGAAUUACUGUGCAUUCUACGCAUGCAGGAUAAGUUAGGACUCCUACUUUGUUUUGUUUUAAGUUGUAAUUUAGCCUGUAUGCAUAGCAUGACUUAAUUUUUUUAUAACAUUUGUAUAAAGAAAUGGCUUUCAAUGGCUAGUUGCCUCACACAUAAUAUACAAAUAGUCUGAAUAAAUACUAAUCACUGUCAAAUAAUAAGUUAUUUAAAUAAGAGGGUUGAUAUUGAUUGUCCACACAGAGAUAUAGACAGAUUUUGUUGGGCAGAUACGGUUUUAUUCUGCUAUUGUAUUUUUAAGUACCACGUUCUGAAUUACCCUAAUUUAAUUUUGACAACAUUUAAAAAUAUUCAACCACAAUUAUUUUGGUUUUGCGAGUGACUUUCACUUUCUAACAAGAAUCAAUAUGGUUAUGAAAUUAAUUUUGAAAAAUAAGCCAGUGUUUUCAUAGGCUAUUAUUAGUAAACAUUGAUGUAAAAAAAGAUAUAAUAAUAAUUAAAAAAUAUUAUUUUGUAGUUACUUGAUUUGAUAAUAAAGUAUUCAGUUACGAAAUUAUUGCAUAAUAUUUCUAAUAAUGUAUUAAUCGAAAGAGAGACAUUUCCUUCUAAUUUCACAAAUUGCUGUUAUUAAAUAUUUCAAUACUGUACAUAUUAUACAUUUAUGUCAAUAAAUCACAAAAAUUGUUUAAAUGGAAUGGCCAAGUAAUGUUAGGUAAAGGUGGACAUGUAAAUACAACUAUUAAUAUAAGAAGAUCCUAUAGAAAAUUUACGCCUGUAGUUAGUCCUAUUUAACCACAUUAAAAAGAUAUUAGUAUUUUGAGUUCCGAUUCCUUAUUUUUAAUGUUACAUGUUAGGUUGUAUCUGUGAGACAAAAGCAAUAUAGUAAUAAUUAUAGGCUCUAUGACUGUUUUAUUUAAAUAUUAAGAUAUAUUUCUAAAUAUUUGAAUAAUUAUUGCAGUUAUUGACUUAUUUUUUAUUAGCUGGCAAUAAAUAUUAUAAUCAAUGAGUACACCAAAUAUUAUUAGUAUUGUAACAUAUUAUAGGUAAAUUUUAUAUGAUAAUGUUACAAAUUAAUUGCAAGAGUUGGCAAUCAUUUUAUGAAAUGUAUUGAUAAGUAUUGUCUAUGGCACUGUACGCAGCGGCUCAUGUUGAUGAAUUUUCCUUUCCAUUGUGUGAUGUGUAUAGAAAAUAUUCCUAUAAGUAUGCUAAGCUAAGUUUGUCAGUCAGUGGUGAAGUUUAUCUAACAUGGGGCUUUGAUUACAGGGUCUAAAGCCUAUUGCAUUCACAGUGCAGGAAUGAAUGGAUGCACCAUAUCUUGAUACUUAUAUUUUUAAAUAAGGAGAAAUGAACUCGCAUUUCAUGAUAGUCACAAUUAUGUGAAACCAAUGUGAUGAUGAAUUUGAUAAGUUUGUACUGAAUGUAAUUUCUAUACUCAUUGUAUCUAUUGGCACUUUUACAUUGAAAUAGAAAAUGUUAAAUGUAUCUACAUUUAUUAUUUCAAAUCAAAUUAGCAUCAAAUUGUUCCUCAAUUACAACACCAAUAGGAAUUAAUGUUUUGUUAUUGCCAUUUUAUUGUGUUUAAUAAAUAUUAUUAAAUAUAAA